UAAGAAAAAGCACCUCCCAGACUCCUCUCUGUCCCUCCUUUCACUCUUUCCGCUUCUUGUUCCUCUUCUCCUCCUCAGAACAGCAUGCUUCACUGUCCUCACCAGCCACUCUGGGUGCGUACACUGAUGCGGUGAUGACUUUGAGAAGCUUCUUGUGACGCGACUGUAGAAAAUGAUGCUUUGUCAUCAACAAAGUGCUCAGAGGGCCGAGGCAUAAUGCAAGGUGAAUAAUGGAAGCUAAACUGCAGAGUUGGUGAGCGCAACAGCCAGAGAGGAGCAGAAUGAAUCCCGUAAGGAAGGAUAUGGAGCUGCUGAGUAACAGCAUGGCCACUUAUGCCCAUAUUAAAGAGAACAUGGAGAGUUUUGCGCUGUACUUCAUGCUCGGUGUGUGUUUCGGGCUCCUGCUGGCUCUGACGCUCCUCAUCCUGGGCAUCGCCUGCAGGCGGCGUCCAGCCACAAAGAAAUCCCCUUCACCUGACCGGAGACGGCUCAAAGAAUCCAGUGAAGACGAGAAUGAAGAUAAAGAUGAAGGAGAAGACGAGAGCGGAGGAGAAGGAGAUGAUGAAGAAGCCGAGGUGCCCAAGGUUACCGUGGCACCCAUGAGUGAUCAGAGCCAGUCGAACGGGACCCUCAGGAGCGUCAACGUCUUCACCUCAGCUGAGGAGCUGGAGAGAGCUCGGAGGCUGGAGGAGAGGGAGCGGAUCGUCAGGGAAAUCUGGAGAAACGGACAGCCGGAUAUUCUUGUCACGGGGACAGGCACGCUGGGACGGGUUCACUACCGCUAGCAGCCUUUUUUUUCAUUUUUAUACAAUAUUUAACAGUCCUGAGAGCAUAUAAAUGUCGCCAGCUCAAGGACAGCUCUUGAAGCACUGUAGCCUGGGUGUUAUUCCUCUUUAACAGGUCGGAUCCAGCCCAGAGUCCAAACAAAGGACAAUGGAAACCCUGUGCACUUGGUGCAUAAAAGUGAAUCUUCUGUGACUUGUGUUUUAUUUUAUUUGCACAUUGUUAAAGAGAAAUUACAUCAUUGUUUUUAUUUAAUUCAUAGUUCAUUGGUUGAUUGAGAAACAAUGAUUCAUUGACAAACCCCCCACUUUGUUUACAGUGGUGGUGGUAGGAACCAGGGGUCGUGAUGGGUACAACACUGAUCUAGGCAUUUUAUUUACUGCACAAAACCACCAAAGAACCUACACACCAGUUCUAUAUGUAAUGUUGAACACACCAACUGGCCACUUCAGUAAGUCCACUUCCAGUGUCUACUCUCAUUGUCCAUUGUAUCAGCUCCACUGACCAUAUAGGAGCAUGCUGUAAUUCUACAAUUACAGACUGUAGUCCAUCUGUUUCUCUGCAUGUUUUGUUAUCCCCCCUUCACCGUGUUCUUCAGUGGGCAGGACUACCGUGAAAAUAAGUUGACUACAUUUUAGCUGAAAACAUCCUCACAAUACUACCAUAAAGCAAUCUUCAGUAGGUUUUCAAUGAAUUUCGGAGGUUUUCGGUGAAUGGUUUGGAGGUUUUCAGUGAAUAAAAACUUCACUAAAAUCAUUUCUUGUGAAUUAAAUGGGAGAUAUGUGUUUCUCUUUAAUGAGUUUCAUAUUGUUUAUCAUGUAGCAGUCUUGUCUCAGACAUCAGGCAGUGUAUUUAUGACAAUUUUAUCUAAUAACCUUCUGUGAGGGAGCUUUUAGAGGUGGAUGUCUGGUUCCUAUCACCACCACUGUGAACAAUUCAAGUUUCUCUAAAACAGAGCAUUUCACACCAAACCACUCUGAAUGACUCUGUUUCUUACAGAUUUACUUUUGCAGAAAUUUUGGAAAGAAAACUCCCUGUAAUACUUAAAAGGCACCUGACUUUAACAUGUUUAAGUGUAAAACAUUGAACGCCCUGUAUUUUUGGCCUGUCUGUAUAUACAUUGUCAAUAAUUGUAUUACGUCUGAAUCUUCUUAUGCAAUUUAAAAAUAAAAUUUCUCUAAAGCAUUUUUAAAUAAAAUUGUACCAAAGCA